AUGGUUAGACAACCAAGAUCUAUUUGGUCUCCAAACAACCUAAGUAAUGCCCUAAUUAGAGAACAAAAUAAAUUAAUCCAUCUGGAUCCAGUGCCUCUAUUUAAAGACCGUAAUGAAAUUAAAUUCUGGCUACAAAAAAGCUUCUUCCCGCAAGGCAUCAAUUUAGUUAUUGAAAGAUCAGACAACAGUAAGAUUAUUUUCAAAUGUAAGUCAAGUAUCACCAAACGGCAACAACAAGAAAAAACAAAGACAGAGAGAAGCGGUAGCAGCAGCAAGUCUUUCUGUCCUUUUAGAAUUAGAGCCACAUAUUCGAUAAAAUUGAAAAAAUGGAACAUUUUGAUAGUCAAUAACGUUCAUUCACAUGAAUUAAAAUUCGAUCCAUCCACAGAUGAGUAUAGAAAAUUUAAAAAUUAUUUAUAUUUGCAAAAGGAUAAAGAUACUAUGAAAUUCUUUGAAGAAUUGGAAUAUAAAACGAAAUUCAACUUACCAAUGUCUUCACCAUCCACCCAAAUCGUGACAUGUGAUUGUGGGUUGACUAACGAAAUCAAUUGGUUUAAUAAUAUAAUUAUACCAGAGCCUUCAAUUUUAAACAAAUCUGAUAUCAAUCGAAAUAAUAGCAAGAGCAAAAAUAAUUUUGUUUCCAAGAAAAAAUUGAUAUCAUCUAAAAAUACAUUAGCAAAUGAUUCUCUAUCUAUAUUAUUUAACAACAACAACAACGAUAAUAAUAAUAGUAACAACAUAACUAAUACCACUCUUACUACCAACAUUACCAAUACAAAGAAUGAUAUGAUUAAUUUAGAUGAAAUCGAUUUUACUGACAUGUUUAAACCUUUUAAAAAGAAAGUACAAAACUUAAAAUACCAAACCGCAAAGUCUUCUUCUCCUCCCCCCUCUUCUUCCUCAACCUUCUCUUCAGCAUUAUCAUCAUCAUUGUUCUCUACAGCUAAUAUAAUAAAUACUUAUCCCUACACAUUCGAUACGAACCAAAAUACGACCAUAUAUAAUCUAGAUGAUGAGAUGUUUUCAUUAUUUGAUAGUACUAAUACAUAUACAAAAUCUAUGGCUACCACUAUUAUCCCAUCUAUCACAGAUGUACAGAAUAAACAUGACGAACAGAAUAUGAUCCAAGAUGAUAACUCAUGGCUUGAUCGUUACUUAGAUUUCAAUCAGGAGUCGUCACUCUCGACUCUAUCACCAUCAUCUUUAUUUCAGAAGAAUGAUAUCAUACCUAAGAAUAAUAGUAUUACUAGCACCAUUACUACUACUUCUCCUGCUUUGUCUAAUGCAAUUACUGAUGAUCUGUAUUUAGAUUUUUUAGAUUUAUCAAAAUUGUAUCCACCAGUCUAG